AUGGGAGAAGCAACACAAUCAGCAGAAACAGCAACCCCGACAACAAAAACAAAAACAGCAGGAACCUCGUCAAAGAGAACAAGUGGAGGUGGAGAAAUCGUGGAGGUGGAAGGAGGUCACAUUGUCCGGUCAACUGGAAGAAAAGACCGUCACAGCAAAGUCUGCACUGCCAAAGGUCCCCGUGACCGCCGUGUACGACUCUCCGCCCACACCGCGAUCCAAUUCUACGACGUGCAAGACCGUUUGGGCUAUGACCGGCCUAGUAAGGCAGUUGAUUGGCUUAUCAAAAAAGCCAAAUCCGCCAUCGACGAACUCGCUCAACUCCCCGCAUGGAACCCCACCGCAACAUGCUCUUCAACACCACAGCAGCAACAGCAAACUAACGAGUUGUACCGCCGGCAGUCCCCGGUGGACAACAGUCCAGUAACCGCCUCCACCAGUCACCGCUCAGCGGCAUUAGAGCGAAGAAUACCACAUGAACAAUUUUCUUCCCAACCAUUAGAGAUUGACUAUAACAAUAGUAGCGGGAAGCAUGGUUUUCUUCAUGGCUCAUUGGACACUGACAUUGCGGAUACUAUAAAAUCUUUUUUCCCAGUUGAAACGCCCACGACGUCGUUUCACAGCUACCCACAACCGCCGGAUUUGCUCUCCCGAACGGCCGCCACCACUCAGCAAGAUCUCCGCCUCUCCUUGCAAUCUUUUCAAGAUCCUAUUAUGCUGCACCAUCAAACUCAAAACCACCACCACAAUCACCAAGUACUUUUCGCCGGAAACUCCUCACUCGGUUUCGACGGUGGUGGAUCAAACAACAUGUGGUCUGAGCAGCAGCAGCAUCAAGAAGAACAUGAUAAUAGCCGAUUGCAUAGAAUGAUGGCUUGGAAUGCUAAUGCUAAUAUUAAUGCUGCAGAUGGUGGUAACAGUGGCCAUGGUGCUGGAUUUGUGUUCAGCACACCCGCGCCAGCUUUCGGCGGUUUUGGCCAGCUUUUUUCACAGAGGGGACCCCUUCAGUCCAGUAACAAUCCUUCAGUUCGUGCUUGGAUAGAUCCAUCCAUGGUGGGCUCGGCGAAUAUGACCGAUCACCACCAUCACUAUCUUUCGCCGAUGAUCCAUCAGGCUUCUGCCUCUGGUGGUGCCUUUCGUAUACCAACACGAAUUCAAGGUGAAGAGGAACACGACGGCGUAUCUGAUAAACCGUCCUCUGCUUCCUCCGAUUCUCGCCAUUGA